GAUGGUUUGCCGCAAUUGAUGGCUGCCAUUGGGAGGUCACUGACAUUCUUGUCGAUCCGUGGACGAAGGGAGCUGGUCGGAGAUGACUUGUUUCUUGGAUGCUGUCCAAAUCACCUCGACUUGUCCCUGCUCGGCAGUGUGGUGGAGGCUAAGCUUGAUUUCCGCCAGUACCGUAAGGAAAUCGGCGAGCUUCCAGCGAUCGUCUACAAUUGGCAAGACGUAGCGAUACUUUCAGCAGCCUUGAUGGACGCAGAUAAUCUGCUAGCGCAAUGCCUACACAAACUGCGCGUCCGUUUGGCAAGCCCCUAUCUGGAAGGCACUAUCCCUCGAGGGUAUAAUCCUGCACAUUAUGAAUCAGACCUAGACGCCCUAUUGGAGAUGCUUGCGGUUAACAACCAUUUGGAGUAUUUGGAGGUGAUCGUCCCAACAGUCCAUCGGAGUUACAUCCGUAAGUUUGAAGUCCAUAACAAGAAACCGAUCAGUAGAGCGCUGGAACUCCCGCUAGUGACGAAGUUGGCGUUCCUGAGUGUGGUUGACUGGUGCAAGUUUACGAGGGCUUCCAAGGAGAUAAAAUGUGAUGUGUCGGCUUCGAAUCGCGCACUUAGCAAGCUGGAUCCCCUGGCUCUAUCGAAUAUCUUCGCGUUUUCCGCCCCUCCAGCUCUCAGACAAGUAGUGUGCUGUCCCGUGCGCGAGCUUAGAGUUCACCCAAGACCGCUAUCGCGAAGCAGCAGAGAGGUGCUGUCGUAUUCAGAUGGCCACCACGUGAUGAAAUCGAUUUAA